GACAGUCAGAAUGCUAAGCUAAUAAGCCCACAGAUAAUAAUUGAUGAGCUGCCUUUGGAAGCCGUGGAAGACACCAAAGUCUCCUUAAAGAAGGCGUCUCACCCUCUGGAAGUUUCACCGGUGAUAUACGUUGUCUUCAAGAACGUGUGCCACUAUGAGAGGUCUCCUGGCAGCCAUCAUGAAGGGUACCGUCUCCGUCUGCUGUUUUGUCUCCCUGCUGCUUUUGCAGGCCACAGCAGAGGAAGAAGAAGAUUUCACCGCCGUCCUCAGAGACAGAUCUCACAUCGAGGAGACGCUGCGCUUUGCCACCGAGGAAAAAGCAGCAGACUAUGCAGCGGCUCUGCAGCGGUUGCGGAAGAUCUACCACACCUCCAUCAAGCCCAUGGAGCAGGCCUACAAGUACAACGAGCUGAGGCAGCACGAGAUCUCAGAUGGAGAAAUCACAUCGAAGCCCAUGGUGCUGUUCCUGGGACCGUGGAGCGUAGGAAAGUCCUCCAUGAUUAAUUACCUCCUGGGCUUGAAUGACAGCCCCUACCAGCUCUACACAGGAGCUGAGCCUACUACCUCUGAGUUCACCGUCAUCAUGCACGGGGAGAAGAUCCGCUCCGUCGAGGGCAUCGUGAUGGCGGCAGACAGCUCUCGGUCCUUCUCCCCCCUGGAGAAAUUUGGGCAAAACUUCCUGGAAAAGUUGAUCGGAAUUGAGAUGCCCCACAAGCUGCUGGAACGCGUGACCUUUGUGGACACGCCCGGAAUCAUAGAGAACCGCAAGCAACAGGAGAGAGGCUACCCCUUCAACGAUGUUUGUCAGUGGUUCAUCGACCGCGCCGAUCUGAUCUUUGUGGUGUUCGACCCCACCAAGCUGGACGUCGGACUGGAGCUAGAGAUGCUGUUCCGCCAACUCAAGGGCCGCGAGUCCCAGAUCCGCAUCAUCCUCAACAAGGCCGACAACCUGGCCACCCAGGACCUGAUGCGAGUCUACGGAGCUCUUUUCUGGAGCUUGGCGCCGCUCAUCAACGUGACGGAACCCCCCCGAGUCUACGUCAGCUCUUUCUGGCCCUACGACUACGCGCCCGACACCAGCCGCGAGCUCUUCAAGCGGGAGGAGAUCUCCCUCCUGGAGGAUCUCAACCAGGUGAUUGAAAACCGCAUGGAGAACAAGAUCGCCUUCAUCCGCCAACACGGCAUCCGCGUUCGCAUCCACGGCCUCCUGGUGGACCGCUACGUCCAGACCUUUAAGGACAAGAUGAGCUUCUUCAGCGACCCGGAGCUCGUCUUCAAGGAGAUCGUGGACGACCCGGAUAAGUUCUACAUCUUCAAAUCCAUCCUGGCCAAGACCAACGUCAGCAAGUUCGACCUGCCCAACCGCGACGCCUACCGCGACUUCUUCGGGAUCAACCCGGUCACCAACUUCAAACCGCUUUCGUCCCAGUGCUCCUACAUCGGAGGCUGCCUGCUGGAUAAGAUCGAGAAGGCCAUCACCAAUGAGCUGCCCGCCCUCCUGAGCAGCAUCAACUCUGGCAAACAGCCCGGCCUUUCUUCUUGUGAGGUCACCGGCUGCGGGGAGAAGCCCAAAAACCGCUACCGAAAGAACUGAGGAGGUACCUUGAGUGGGAGGGAGGAAGGAAGGAAGGAACGGAGGAGGUGAAGAAAAAAGGUCUCAGACGAAGGGCCUGUGAUUCAGAAGGCUCGUAUUAUUGAGGGAAAAAAGGAUAGUAGCGUUUUAUUUUCCUCAGAAGAUGCAUUUAGGGACUGUGGGGGUGAGACAGACAGCGGGAGGGGCGGGCAAUUGUGUGAUAAAGGCAGCUUAAGGAAACAAAUGCUGAUUAGUUUUGUUCAAAUACUCUGCUCUAUUUGGAGCAGAGGACUGUGCAUGGGAUUCUGGGCUGGGGGGUACUGAUGUGGGAAAAAACCAAAACAGAUUGCAAAUCAAUCCAAUACCAGCUCCCUUGUAUGUGAAUAAAAUCGGAAGUGGAAACAGGUGUUGCAAAUUUGUGUCACAGCAGGUUGAUUCCAGACGCUUCAGUCGUUUUUGAAGUUGCCUUUUUUGUGGGUGCUAAACACGCUUGCCUUUUUUGUGGGUGCUAAACACGCUUGUGCUUGGGAUGUCUUCCAAAUCCUGACUGCAGUUGACCUUGCAUGUUCUAGAGCAGUGGUUGACUUUUUUGUUUUACACCAAGAACCACCAAACAUUUUGCAUGGCAUGUACCACCGUUUUUGCUACAGCGUCCAGGUUUCGCUUGGCAUCCAAAUCUCGACUACAUUUAACCUUGCAUGUUCUCAAGAAACGGUUCUCAAGCCACCUCAAAUAUCAUCUCAAAAAUAUUUUAUUCGGCAAGUACCACCGUUUUUGCUACCUCCGCCUAGCAUCCCGGUGUAGCUUUGCAUCCAAAUGUUGACUGCAGUUACUGUAACCUUGCGUGUUCUAGAGCAGUGGUUGUCUUUUUUUCUUACACCAAGAACCACAUCAAAAAUAUUUCACAUGGCACGUACCACCCCUUUUUCUACUGCAUCCCGGUGUGGCAUCCAAAUCGUGACUAUAAUUAACCUUGCACGUUCUAGAGAAAAGGUUCUCAAAAGUUUUUCUUUACUCCGAAUACCACCUUAAAAAUGUUACUUGGCAAGUACCACCAUUUUUGCUACCUCCGCUUAGCAUCCCAGUAUAGCUUCAUACCCAAAUCUCAACAAUUAGCCUUGCAUGUUCUAGAGAAAUGAUUCUCAAAAUAUAUAUAUAUAUUUUUUUUUACAAGUACCAUCUCAAAAAUACUUUACUCGGCAAGUACCACCGUCUUUGCUACUUCCGCUUAGCAUCACGGUGUAGCUUUGCAUCCAAAUCUUGACUACAGUUAACCUUGCAUGUUCUAGAGAAAUGGUUCUCAAGCUUUAUUUUAUUUUUACAUUUUUUUUUACAAGUACCACAAGAAGUACUGUAUCAAAAAUGUUACUCGGCAAGUACCACUGUUUUUGCUACCUCCGCUUAGCAUCGGUAUAGCUUUGCAGCCAAAUCUCGACAAUUAGCCUUGCAUGUUCUACUGAAAUUAUUCUCAAACUUAAUUUUUUUUUUUACAAGCACCAUCUCAGAAAUCUAUUACUUGUAAAGUACCACCGUUUUUGUUACUUCUGCUUAGCAUCACACUGUAGCUUUGCAUCCAAACCUCGAUUACAGUCAACCUUGCACGCUCGAGAGAAAUGGUUCUCAAAACUUAUUUUUUUUAAAUUUAAUUACAUUUGUUACAUCAAAUACCGCCUGAAAAAUAUUUUGCUUCACACUUUUGUGGUUUGUACUUGCAAGUAAUUGGCUCGUGGCGUGUGAAGCUAAACAUGAACCAUUUCAAUUCAAUUUCAGUGAAUCUUUUUUGUAUUUGUACAGUGAUUUCAUGUGUUUGUAUCUCUAAUAUUUCAUUUGCAUGAAAUAGUCUACUACAUGAAGCCUGCUUACCACCAGCGGUACUCCCGCCACAGUUUGAGAAUGAAUGCUCAAAAGGCCAAUCGUAACGAUGUACAGUACUUGCCGUCCAAUUAGCCAAUUAUUUCGUACACGCUUGCUGGCUUUGGUUGUUGACAGCCUGCCAAAUGUGAUGGAAGCAGAGGUCAGGGUUCAGGGUCAUCUGAGUCUUCAGGGUUGGGUUUGUUUGUUGUGCGUUGCUUUUUAACACCUGGUCUUACUAUAUUUUAUAUUUUAUUUUACUAUAUUAUAUCAUCUGGCAUCAUUGUGUUGUGAAUAAUGUUUUCCUUCGUCGAUAAGCUUCCCAGAUGUUUUUUCUGGCUGAACGACCAUAAAGAACCACACCUGAAGGACGUGUUUAGCUCCUUUUUUUCCAUUUAUUCUGCGUGUUACCAAUCUCUUUAUUGAUCUUAUUGUGUGUACGUGUGUGUGCGUGUGUGUCGACCUUCCAAAUGGGCAUUGAAGUAGGCCAUGUCUCAUGCCCGCUUUUGCCAAAGUGGGGUGUAAGGCAGCAACGUAGGGUGAAAGGGCCCGAAGACUCCCAAGUUGAGCCCUGACCUCUGUGAAAAGAAGACGCCGAACGUAAACCUACCUCAACCUCAGUCAACUUCCUGGUAGUGUGUUCUUUCCAGAGAUUUCUUGGGCAUGUGCAGUAACUUCCUGUCUUGUGACAGUGUGAGGCGUUCAGGGAACGCAGGGACUUUCUGGCUUUGUGUAUGAAAUAGAAAGUGGUGCAGGUAAGUGGAUAAGGAGCAGACUUUGUUCCAAGCCUGCAUUUCAUUGAUGAAAGGGAAUACGUGCGUGUCUCCCCCCCCCACCCCACUGUUUCCCAUCUAAACGUCACAUCUAAAUGCUGAAGGAAUCCCCCCCCCUUUUUAAAAAAAUUCUUAUUUUCUUUUCUUGUGUGUUUGACAGGAUGUGUUUUUGGGAGUUUACACUGCAGUUUUAUAAUUGUCCACUAGAGUGUGCUGUGUAAAAGUGCAAAAAAAAAGGCCCCUUGAAAGGCAGGCAGCAAUUAACAGUGAUGUGUUGUGUCUUUAAAGGUA